AUGUUCAAAGCAGUGAGAAGAAAUGCAUCAGGAAUCCUGGCCAUCACUGUUGUUCCUUUUGGCUUCAUGUCAGGAAAUGGCACAUUACUGCAAUUUGUCUGGCUCUCUAUUACUACUAAUGCAGAUAAAGAACUAAGAAUGCUGGAACUAAGUUUAGCUGUGGACAAGGAAAUCAAAGGUCAAAAAAGGGAUCUGCGCAAACAGGUAGCUCCAUUAUUGAAGAGUUUCCAAGGGGAGAUUGAUGCAUUAGGUAAAAGAAGCAAAGAAGCAGAGGCAGCCUUCUUAAAUGUCUAUAAGAGAUUAAUUGAUGUUCCAGAUCCAGUUCCAGCUCUGGAUCUAGGACAGCAGCUUCAGCUGAAAGUCCAGCGAAUGCAUGAUAUUGAAACAGAGAACCAGAAACUUAGGGAAACUCUAGAGGAAUACAACAAGGAAUUUGCUGAAGUGAAAAAUCAAGAGGUUACAAUAAAAGCACUUAAAGAGAAAAUCAGAGAAUAUGAACAGACCCUGAAGAACCAAGCAGAGAAUAUAGCUCUUGAAAAAGAACAAAAAUUACAAAAUGACUUUGCAGAGAAGGAGAGAAAGUUGCAAGAAACACAGAUGUCGACAACCUCGAAGCUGGAGGAGGCCGAACACAAAGUUCAAGCUUUACAAACAGCCUUGGAAAAAACUCGGACAGAAUUAUUUGACCUUAAAACAAAAUAUGAUGAAGAAACUACUGCAAAGUAAGAUUUCACUAUAUUCUUCUUACGUAUCUUC